UAUUUGGUUAAGAUGACCCAGAUCAUGAUCAUUAUCAGCAUAUUAUUGCUAGUGUUGGCUCCGUUUGGAAUCACAUUUGACGAAGAUGGUGAUGACGGAGGCGAGAAAUUCUUCCAGUGUGUGGGAGACAUGGAAGAAAGCAACAGGGUGCGUCUGUACCUAGGCUUGGACAACCUGGUGGUGGACUGUAUGCUUAGUAGGAAUACAAUGUCGGACAUUCAGUACAGGAACCAGCUCGAGCUCUUCACGUCAGCAGAUCUGCUACCCACUGUUGAAAUUUACAACAGUACCAACACUUUAACAUUCACCUUUAGUCUUAGGAAGGUUGAGUCCGCCUGGCGUGUCAAUAUCCCCAGAAUGAACUUGACCAUCAAUACAGUGUCAGCUCCGGUGGAUGAGUGGUACGUGGAGUUUAACAUGUUCCACGGGAUGUCCAUGUUCUCAAGCCCGGGUUCCAUGCUGGAUCCACUGAAGGGAACCCUCCUGGACGUAGCCAGAGAACCCAUCCUGCAGUGGACCAUUGGGGACGAGUUUUUGGCUAAGGACAUUGUACCCCAUCUGAUGCACCUUGUGAGAAUGGAUGUCAGUCGGAGUCCCUGUGCCAACGAUGUGGCUGUGCUGGCUCCAUUCUUUCCUCCUGGUGGACACACUGGAGUGAUCUUAAGUGUAACCAGGUCUGCGUUCACCUCUGAUGCUCGCUGGUUCAACGUUACUCGCACUCUCUGCGGCCUCAUCAAUGAAGUGUGUGUAUCAGGCUGUGUGGGUAUCUCCAUCGUGGACGUAAUGUUGACCAACACCCAUCUCUUCCUGCUGACCAACAGAGGUCUCUUCAUUAGCGAAGACCUUCUUACCCCUGCCACCAGACCCCUUAAAUUCACUCUGCUGUUCUUGCCUGCCCUGGCUCAGAUGGACUACUCCUCCACCACCAUGUGGUUCUCCUCUCAGUGUUGCACAGAUCGCUUAUACUUCGAUGAUGACAUCGUCAGUCUGAUUAACAACGAGGGAGAAGGAGAGAACCAGAACUCCAGGUGUGUGUACAGUGAGUAUCCGUUUAUAAAAUGGUCCAUCUGCCGGGCAUCUGAAGCUGAGCUGAAGAAGAAUGCCCGCCAUCGCUACCUGUCCUUUCUCCACGACCGUCACCAGCAUACGGGUCUGCUGCUCUCCUACACAGAGGAAGGUGCAAUGGUUUCCGUCUUUGGGACAAAACCUGGGUCAGACACUUUUCAUACUCGUACCAAGUUUCCUCCAGUGCAGAUCAGUUUUGUGCCAAUAGGCGUCAUCAUGAUGAGCAACAAUGUGAUACUCUACGGCUCCGAGGUGUGGAUGUCCACAGACAGGGGCUCUUCCUUCAAAUGGGUGUUCACCCUGAGGUUCUCCCCAGUGGUGGAUGCGGUGAUCUGCUCGGCCAGUGGAGUGGUGGUGUUCUCCACCGAGCAGGGACACCUGUACAUCAUGAAGUCAGGCCAGGCCAGGUAUGCUUCUCUGCACGAAACCGUGGCGCUGAACAGCAGUCUGGUCUGUGAUCACAUGGAUAUCCUGACGAGCGUUCAGCUGGACCCAAACAGCCGCACUGGCAUCAGAUACAGGACCAUCGACAUGAACAGGAAUAUCAAGGAACACAGGAUGAGUUUGGACCGGCCCCUGGCGCUGCAGUACACCACAGAUCACACCGUGUUGCUGCAUGUGCACAGCCCCAUAGAAAACAGGACUGUGGCGGUCCACAGUCACGCUGACCAACACGCUAACCCCCCUGUGCUGUACAAUACGUUCUCACUGGACCAUGUGGGCAAGGUCAUCUACUUCAGUGAUGGAGGCAUGGUGGUGAUAAAGGAGGUGUUCUUGAAGCACUACUUCAGGGGUUUUGAUAGCAUGGUCUCAGGAGAGAUCCUUUUGCCAAUCAGAGCAGCCAGCCUGAGGGACGAACCUAUUCAGCAUUGCAACCUACUGGUGAUAAGAAAAGAUCCAAAUGGCUUUGUGGUCAAUCUGGUGGUUCAGAGCCAAGAUCCAGCUCUUGCCUUCAACUCCAGUCAUAUUGGUAAGACCGUGGUUUCCCCCGGUUACAGCAGCUACAUCAUCUUAAGUGUUCUGAAGGGGGGGGUGGCUGUGGCCAAGCCCACCAUGCCAGCCCUCAUCCAGCCCCAAACGAUGCAGUACAAGGGCCACUGGCUCCUGUUCUCCGCGAUGGGGACGGAGGACUGGGUCAUGAAGGAGGGGUCGUGUCGCCACGCCCUGCACUCCAUGGACCACAUGACGAGUAACGCCCUCAUCCGCAUCAACGUCCGCGAGGAGCUCAACUUCACCUUCAAGGCCUUCAUGGCCGAUCACUCCGUGCCUAUGGUGUACAAAAAGAAGUUUAUGUUUGUGAUGCUGACCAACCCACUGGCCAUCAGAGUGACAGCCAGACACUCCUGGGACUACAGCAACAACCACAUCCUCACACUCACCGCCUUCAGCCACCUCUGCAGGAAGGCCACUACCACGGUGACAGUGUUCAUCCCAGAAGCCUCUCUGUUGUGUGACUCCUCCUCCUUCACCUUCACGCUGCAGAACUCCUGCCCAGAAGGCCUCAGUAUCGUCUACCAGCGCCUGAAGCCAAUCAGCAAUGAGGAAUGGCUCUUGGGUGAUCCUAGGGAUGAGCUGGAUAACAAGAGGCUCUUUGACCUGCCGGUGAACUACCGCCCUCCCUCAGAGCUGGGGGUCCUGAUCCCAACCACCGAUAACAUCUAUAACGCUGACCCCAGCAAGCCCCGCCCACGGGAACAUUACCAUAUCUCCAAGAACUCAGGGCGUUUUAAGCAAUGUGCCGGGAAGAAGACACUGGAGGAGUGUGGCUGUACAGACCAUCUAAGAGUCUCUCCUCUGGCCAUCAACUCUGACUGCAGACAGAGGGUCCAUAGGAUGCUUUAUCCAGUCACCAAAUUCAACUUUUCUAUGUUUCUGAGGAGGGCCGAUCACCCUGACCAACCACUCAUGUCCCCCUACUUCGUCACCGUCACAGAAGUCAACAACAGGACCAGCUGGGGCAUCACAUUCUCUGAUGUCACCCCCACCGUGACCAGGAUGAGACGGUACCUGAGCACCCUGAACGAGACCCUUUACAAUCCAAAGGGCCUGCAAAUCAGCCUGUUUGGCUCAGAGCUGUUCCACUUCAGAAUCGCCGUCAUCCCAGGGGUGGUGCUGUGUGACCUAGUGGACGAGGUGCAGAUCUAUGUGGACGAGGCUCCUCUGGCGUUCCCCACCCACUACCUCAUCAACAACAUGACCGCCAUCAUCCUGGGGGGCCUGCUGCUGGUCGGCUUCCUGCUCAAUUACAACAGCGUUUCCAUGCCGACCAAGAGCCGCAUCCAAACCAUGAUUAAUAAGCGCAAAGCAUCUGUAGCCCCCGCCACUACUGACUCCAGCACACUAAACUAGGAACGCACAGACAUGUCGACAGACACAAUUCAAGACUGAAACUGUUGUUUCUGUUUAGUGACAUGUUCAUGUUUUAUACUGUUCUUUUUCGCUUUUUGGGGAGA